AUGUUAAUCCUGGGUAGCCAUACUUUAUCACUUGAAAUAUAAUCAAGAAAAUAUCUGAAGAAUACAACAGUACCACAUAGAAGAAAAUGGCUGGUAUUCUACAAAAGAAAGACACAGAUCAACUCCUGAAAUGGAUUGGGGGUCGGAGAAAAUUCCGACUCUUGUACAAGAUAACCAGGGACGGAUGUUCCGGUCCGACAUUCCAUUCCAAGUGUGACAACAAGGGAAUGACUGUGACAGUCCUACACAACAACAAUGACACCGUGUAUGGAGGCUUCACAUCUCAAAACUGGACCAGCGUGGGAGGGACCUACUUUUCCGACCCAAAGGGUUUUCUUUUCCAGCUAAAGUUCGACGGGAAAUGGUCACCCGAUCAGUUUCUGAUCAAACCGGAUAGACAUGAUUACGCAAUAUACUGCCAUUCAAAUUAUGGACCUUAUUUUGGAGGAGGAUAUGAUCUUGCCACAUUCAAUGGCACUUUGAAUGCAAGUAAUGGCAUUUUUGCUCUUAAUGGGUCCUGCGAUCUGGGUCACACCUAUGACAUGAAAGGAACCGAUUUUAAUACCUUUGCCAAUGGAAACUUACAAGUUAAGGACUUGGAAGUUUAUCAGGUCGAUGAAUGUGACAUGAAUGAUCCAUUAGAAGUUCCUUGGAGGAAAACUCCAGAAUGGACAACAAGGGUAAUGCAAGAACUGAAGGAAGAAAUAGAGAACUACAGACCACUAGAACAGCUGAAGUUACGUCAGACAAAAGUCCUCUUGAUUGGUCAGAUAGGGGCGGGAAAGUCCAGUUUCUUUAAUACAGUGAACUCCAUCUUCCGCGGUUACGUGACCAGCCAGGCGUGUAGCGGAACGGCUGACCACAGUCUCACCACACAGUUCAGAGCUUACCAAGUGAGAAAUAGCCCCUCUGAUAAACCUCUCAACUUCCGGUUAUGCGACUCACGUGGCCUGGAAGAAGGACAGGGGAUCGAAACGCAGGAAAUGUGCUAUCUGUUGGACGGUCACGUGCCAGAAAAAUACGUUUUCAACCCCUCGAUUCCGCUGACCCCAGACACCCCAGGGUUUAUCAAGGCCCCAAAGCUGAAGGAUCAGAUUCACUGCGUGGCCUUUGUGAUUGAUGCAUCAACAGUAGACGUCAUGUCGGAGAAAAUUCUAGAAAAAAUAAGAAAUCUUCAAACACCCAUGAAUCAAAGAGGCAUCCCUCAGGUUGUAUUACUCACAAAGAUUGACAAAGUUUGUGAGCCCCUGCAGCAUGACGUUGGAUUGACGUAUUUCGUCCCCGCCAUUCAGGAGUACGUGAACAGGGUGGCGAUGAUGAUUGGUCUACCAAGAUCUCACGUGAUUCCUGUCAAGAACUACGAGAGUGAGCGAGAACUUGACACCAAUGUGAAUAUUCUGACACUGUUAGCCAUGCAGCAGAUUCUCCAUUUUGCCGAUGAUUUCUUGUAUAACUACUUGGACGAUUUGGACCCCGAGAUAUUGGACAAAAUGAGCACAACAGAUUAGACCUUCCGCAAAUUCACUGACAUGAAUCGGUGUCAGAAAACACACUUUGUAUAUACCUGAUAUAUAAAAUUGCAAGUUGCAAACUGUUAUUUUUUCAUCCAGAAAUUGUGUUCAGUUUUCGAUUUGCAUUUCAAACAGGACAGAUGUCCUAGUAUAUGUUCAGUCUUUGUCGAUUACAUACCAGUAAUCGAGUAUAAACUUAUAAUAAAACAUGCAUAAUUAUUUAG